CUCAUUGUGUCGUUUUGACCCGGACUGGACGCACCGUCGCUCUGAUUAGGCGUCUGUGAGCUUGCCGUCUUUGGUGGAUUUAUAUCGGCAGUUCUUGGAGCUGGAAGAGGAUAUUCCCGCCUGCUUGGUCCCGGGUUUAAUUGGAAAUAAGCAGAGCAGUUGUGGAUUAAUGUCCCGGACUGCAUGUUCGGACUGAGACGGAGCUGAGUCCGGCUCCCUGUCCUGUGCUGUUCUGUGGGGAUGAGAACACAGAAAGAUUCAUGAAUGCAUAAUAUAAUCAGGAUUGAAGCUACCUUUGGAGUCUGGACUACAUCGCCUGCUUCUCUACCUGGAUUUGGACUUGGAUUUCUUACUCACUGACUUGCUGUGAAGCUGCUUGUGUUUGGACAGUCCUGAAUUUAAGAACUUCUGAGGGGGUCCACCCCCGCUUCCUCUCUUCAUAUUGUCACUGCCAUCACCUGAUCAGCUGGAGUCUCCAUCUGUGCCACACAGCUGUUUCCUGACUUGGACGCUUGUCAUGACCUGCUGACGUUACCCCCACCUGUUAACCCUUCACAAGCUUUCCUACAAAAUGGCACCAACCAACUGGCUGUUGUCAUGGCGGCCGCCAUUUUUGUUGCUGAUGCUCUUACUGACUUCCUGUUUUCUGUCUGAGUCGGCCUCAACCACAUUGUUCCCCAAAGACCUGGAGCCACUCGGUGUGGUCAGCUCGGAGCAGUCGUAUCAGUACCCUGGUUUUCAGGGCUUGCUUCAAGACAACGACACUCUGCGUCUGGGUCUUGACUUUCAGAGAAUGCUACGGAUCAACCAUAUGUUGUAUAUUGCAGCAAGGGAUCAUGUGUUUGCUGUAAAUCUUACAACGGCUUCAGAAGAGUUUGCACCACAGCUGAAACUGACUUGGAAGACUAAAGAUGUCAGCAAGUGUACUGUGAGAGGGAAGAACAGCGACGAGUGUUAUAACUACGUCAAAGUGCUGGUACCCAGAAAUGAUGAGACACUGUUUGCUUGUGGCACAAAUGCUUUCAACCCAACCUGCCGAAACUACAAGAUGACUUCCUUGGAGCAGGUUGGGGAGGAAGUGGUCGGUCAGGCCCGCUGUCCUUUUGAGUCUGGACAGUCCAAUGUUGGACUGUUUGCUGGAGGGGAUUUCUACUCUGCCACCAUGACAGACUUUCUAGCCAGCGACGCUGUCAUCUACAGAAGCCUGGGAGAUGGCCGACCCGUCCUCAGGACUGUAAAAUAUGACUCCAAGUGGCUCAGAGAGCCUCACUUCCUUCAUGCCAUUGACUAUGGUAACUACGUUUACUUUUUCCUGAGUGAGAUUGCAGUUGAAUACACCGCCCUGGGCAAGGUGGUCUUUUCUCGGGUUGCCCGGGUUUGUAAAAAUGAUAACGGGGGAUCUCCCAGAGUUCUGGAUAGAUACUGGACUUCCUUCCUAAAGGCCCGGUUGAACUGUUCAGUUCCUGGCGAUUCCUUUUUCUACUUUGACGUUCUUCAGUCGCUCACUAAUGUGCUACAGAUCAACCAGAGACCUGCAGUUGUUGGAGUUUUUACCACUCAGGCCAACAGUAUCCCAGGCUCAGCAGUUUGCGCCUUCUACAUGGAUGACAUAGAGAAAGUCUUCAACGGAAAGUUCAAGGAGCAGAGGACCAGUGACUCAUCCUGGACUCCAGUAUCAGACGAGCAGGUUCCCAGGCCGAGGCCUGGUACGUGUGCAGGCGAUGGUCCAGCUUCCGACUACAAAUCGUCGGUUCAGUUCCCAGAUGAGAUGCUGACCUUCAUCAAGUCAUACCCUUUGAUGGAUGAAGCAAUUCCCUCCGUCAACGACCGGCCCUGCUUCACCCGGACGUCCAGCAGGUCCAAGUUGACCCAGAUAGUGGUGGACGUUUCGGCAGGUCCCUAUAAGGACAGAACAGUGAUGUUCCUGGGCUCAGACGAUGGCAGAGUCCUGAAGGUUUUGGCCAGCACGCAUCCAAAUGACAGCUUCGGAUCCAAACUUCUGGAGGACAUUGAUGUCUACAACCCUUCUAAGUGCAACGUUCAGGGUCAGGAGGACAGGAGGGUUCUGGGAUUGGAGCUGGAUAAGGACCACCAUGCCUUGUUUGUCGCCUUCACCAGCUGUGUUAUCAGAGUACCUCUCAGCCGCUGCACCCAACAUGGAGCCUGUAAAAAAGCCUGCCUGGCCUCUCGUGACCCAUACUGCAUCUGGCUCCGCACCGGGAAUUGCGCCAACAUGGCACCGGGCUUCAAGGCCGGAUUUGAGCAGGAUAUCGAGGGCGACCACUCGUUUAACACCAACAGCUGCCACGCUGAUGUGCUGGUGACAACAAGAAACCAAGAGUCAGCAGCUGACCCUGCUUAUGGUGUCCGUCGUCUUCCAGAUAUAGACCAGCGUGCGAACGCUAACGUCCACUACACACUGCUGAUCGCCUGCGUGCUGGUGGCAUUCUUCCUGGGAGCCAUCUUGUCGGGUUUUCUGGUGUCGUGUUACUGCAGCCGCAGCGCCGCCCACCGGGCGAGGAGGCUGGGAAAAGACCCCGAGGCGUCACUGCCGCACGCUCUGUCACUGCGAUCCCUUGCAAAGCUCAACGGGCUGCUGGACGGACAGCCGAAGGACGACAAACUGGAUGUGUCCACUCCAAAAAUGUACAGCUCUUUCAUUCCCAACGGGCAGGCUGAACCUCACCACCACUCCCCCAGACACCAGGUUCUGCAGCUUGGAGACCCUGACCUCAGUCUCUCUCAGUCUCUGUCUCAGGGUGACGGGGAGCUCUCCGGCCUGCCCACGCCCGACUCGACCCCAGAACUUCCCAUCAAGAGUAUGAGGGCCCUGCGGCAUCACCAGUACGAGAAGAACCAGAAUUGCAACAACGCCAAGGAUAAAACUUCAAAGUCAGGACCCAGCUGCUCCUCAUCGAGUCAGGGUUUUAUGGCUGUUGUUGGGAACUCUUUGAACCAACAAGUGUUUCCCUUCGCUCAUCACAACGGCAGCAGCUUGAGCAACGGAGCGGCACACGGAGCAGGUGCCUCUUCAACUUCGCUGCACCUCCCAGAGGAGAGAAAGAUCUCAAAUGAUGAUCGAGCAGCAGCAGAAGGAGGUUGUGGUGGUGGAGUCCCACAACAUCACCACUCCCAGCAGUCUCUCCCUCAGACGGUGGCGGACGUGUCUGCGCUGGACGAGCUGCUCAAACACAUCCACGAGGUCAGUGCAUCGGGAACUGGAGGCAUCAAGGUCCUCACUUCCACCUCCUCAUCCUCACUGUUCUCUGGGCCACCGUCCUCCGCUGGAGCUCUUCAUCACGGUCAUCAAUACCAUCAUCACAGCCAUCAUAGCCAGACCCGCACACAUCAUUAUAACCACAGCCAUCACCAUAGCAACCAUCACAACAACAACAGUAGCAGCAGUCACCAUCACCAGCAGCAGAUUUCUGAGAUGGAGUCGGCUUCGUAUUACAGCAACUCCACACUGCCGAGGGACGGCCUCCCCAAACGCUUGGACGCACCUCCUCAGAACUCCACCUCCUCCUCUGCAACUUCCUCAUCUUCAUCCUCCUCAUGCUCCAACAACCCCACCUCCUCUACCUCCAUCCCAUCCUCCUCCUCAUCCUCCUCCUCAACUCCUCUCCAGCAGCAGGUGAUCCCGGAGCAGCCUGGAGGGGGCGGAGUCUCUGUGACACGUCACCAAUCUCAACGCCACUCCCUCAUCAAGAUGGGCAGCGCGGGUGGAGCUGUGCCCCGCCAUCACAGCUUCAACCAGCGAGGGACACACGUACACUUUCUGGCCAGGAUGAACACCAACAGCAGCAGCAACGGCCCCCCGGGCGCAAAUGCAGCGGCUAAUGCGAACAACAGCGCCAACGGCGAGAACCAGCGAGCAUCGGUUGCCAGCGCCUGCCUGACACGGCAGCACAGUUAUAGCGAAGGGCCACAUGCACAGCGGGCAGCAGUCAUCCGGAGAACCGUGUCUCUAAAACCCCAAAUCCCACCAAAACCACUUUUUCUGCCAAAUACAGCCACAUCGCCCGUAGCAGAGGGAGAAAAGUAUGACUACUGAGACUGGAGGGGGAAGUGGUGCCACUCCAAAAAAUGGCUACAACCGUCCCCACUGAGAAAAAGCACUCCAAAAUGCCUGCUGGGCUUGUGCGAAAGACAAAAUGGGAGCAGUGAUGGGCCAAAAAAGACAGAGACUUCUGUCCCAAUUACUCCUCAUUAAUUCUUCAGAUGUGGUUAUUGUCUUGCUGCUGUUUGUUGCCUCUCUGAGGCACAACUGCCACUUUGCUCACAGAGCGGAGCCACACAGCCGGAAAUUUUUCUGGCUGUAGGAUGAGAUUCUUUAUGGACACUUUCCCCUUACAACAAACAGCGGCUCAAAAACCAGCUCAGACAAGAGACACCUGAGAAACAUUCCAAAAGCUGGGAGAAAGGAGCUCCCCAUGGCUCGAUGUAGCCUGAAAAAUUCUCGGUUAAUGCCGUUUUCUUAUGAGCUCUUUGAUCUGAUGUCCCCAGUUGUUGCACCUUGGAACUGGGCCUGGAUCUCAGUUGCAAAUAUUUAAAAAGCAGGGAAUUGGAUGUGAACUGAAUCUGGGACUGCUGCAUUAGGAGUACAGUGAUGGCAUACCUUUCCACAGAAGCAAUCCAACAAAAGUCAUGAAACAUAAUCCUCUCUUUGCUUGGGAACUCAGUCUGUUUCUGAAUCUGGAAAAUUGGCCUUUCAUGUGAGGAAAAGAAAGAAAAGAGGCCAUGUGUUCAUGCCCAAGACUUCAAAAGGGUUUUGCAGACCAACACAUCAGCAAGUCAGAACUGACAUUAAUGCUGGCUGAGCUGGUGGGAAGUGUCAAAGUCCGAUAGUCACAGCGAUCCUGAUCAGAGCUAUUACCCUGACACAAACCAGAUAAAUGUGGCUUUUUAUACCAUAUUGGUAUCUGAAAAGAAAAGAAACAUCAAUAAAGCCUUGUAGGUGAUCAUGGUAAUAUUUCUGAUAAACGAUUCCUGCAAAUUACUUAACAUGCUCUCCUUCAUUUUCAUGAUUUGUUUAGAUUACUUAACUGGUUCUCCUGAUUUAAUGAUAUCCCUCAAAUUACUUAAUUUGCUCUCACUUUUGCCUAAUGCAAAAAAAAAAAACCCAUGCACAGCAACAUCUGCAGGAUUUAUACGGUAUGUUCAAAAUGCAAUAAAAUAAUAAAUACAAUUUGGGGUAUCAGUUUAUCAGAAAUGUUGUCUCGUCACCAGCUGAGCAGAUAAGACAUAACUGAGUACGGUCUUAAAAUUGACAGUUCACCCAAAUUACAACUCCCUCACCUCUGGUUCAGUAGUUUCCAGAGUGGAUGUUGAGGCUUAAUUGCCAGUAUUGCUAAGCAGCAUUAAAUUAGUCCUGCACAAGGGGAAUUUGAUUACAAACACCUGUGUAACUAAACCAGAGGCGAGCGUACUUAAAUCUCACAUAUGGAUGAUUUAAAAUGACCUGAUGGUGCUGAAGGAACUGUAUGUGGAUGAGUAUGUUGUUUUUAGUUCAGUCAGGGAGAGGUAAAUGUGUGGACUGACUGAUGCUGCCUUCCUGAAGUUAAAAUGACCUGCAUGACAACUAGCAUACACUUCAUUGUCAUCUAUAUCUAAACUAUACUUUGUGGAAUACCAGUACAGUAUGUCUCAAACCUGUAGAGAAAUUAAACCAUAACUGUAUGCAAAGCCAGACAUAAAGGUGGGGAAGGUGGGAACUGUGGGUAAUUUGGGUGAAAAUGUGGCUUUUUGAGCUGCUCAUUCAUUCCAACAAACUCUCCAGUCCGACCACAGAUCUGCUGCUGACUGCAGUCUGUGGGAGUGUUUCUUCACAGAUGGUCUAAAAAUACCCAACUGUGAAGAGAAUCUGCUGUUUCCUGUUUUACUUUUACCUCCCAGUGUUCAUCAGCAGUCAGGAAGUCUUUCUGUCCGAUGGCUGCCUCUUCUGUUUGUGCUCUCGGCCUGCAGUUGAUGAAGGUUAAAGGCGCCUACAGGCAACAUUCUGAGGCAACAGCAAUAAAGGUUGAUGAAUUAAACAAAGUUCCUCAAGUAUAGAUGGUGAAUUCAAGCAGAUGCCAGCUGGCUUUCUGUGUUGCUUUGACUUUUCGGGUUAUUGUCAUCUCAACACAAGACUGUUAGCAGCAUAAGUGACACUAUUACAACUCUAAAGAUACAGUGUUGUAUUGAUUCAAACUUCUGAUUGUUGCAAUAAACAAAAAAGAAAUAAAAACACCUUUGCUCGGUGUCAUGUGAGGUCAUAAUUGUGGGACAAUUUAAAGCUACAGUAAUAGUUUUGCUAAAGAAAUUCAAUUUCUGUACAUUUUUUGCUCACAUAGAAGCUGCUUAUCAAAAAGGAUCAUGAGUUAUUUUCUUUAAGCGCCUUUUGAGAAAAGUUCCUGCACAAGUUUGCAUGUUGCAGAACAAUAUUUAGAAUUCAGAAAACUGGGGAUGAUUCAGGAUUUCUUAAAAUGGUCAGGGUAAAUAAAAUUAAAUUACAUUUAAUGUUACACCUACAAGGCCAACGUGAUGGUCUUCCUGCUAGAGCUGUAUUGAGCAUUAAAUCACAGCUAAUUGUAAAAUAUUAUUUUUGAUAUAAAAAGAAAUUUUCACACCUUAGCAACUAUUAAUGCCUGAAAAUGGGGGAAAAUGCACUAAAAUAAAAUAUUGCAUAAUAGCAGCCACAUUCUUCCUCAUCUGAGAUUUUAAUCUUCCUUUUGGUUUCCACGGCAACUCCCAUUAGCUUAGAAAAAUUUUUCUGGAAAAGGACAAGACACCAAGUCCCAGAUUAAACAUAAUUUUUACACUAAAGAGUGGCUGUUUACAUGUUUUUGGCAACAAUGUACUAAACACUAGGACAUUUCUGUGAUGCUGAAGCAGAAAAUUAGUCUGUGUCCUGAGAGAUGGAGAUCACUGAACAGGAACCAGAUCACGAUCACUAAACAAACUUUUCUGUUCACCUUUAAGCACCAUUUUGGUUCCAAGCUGCCGGUUUUAGUUUUAUCUGCCUCACUCAGCUGGCCGAACAAACUCCCAGAGCAGAUUAAGCAAUUACAAGGCCGUGGUGAUGCAGCAGUGUUAACCGUCCCUGUCUGCAACAGACUGCACCAAAUGAUGCAACCUUGAGACCACAAGCACUGUACAACUGAGGGGGGGAGGCUGAAAUCUGGAAUGUGAAGCAGUUUCUUUAAAAAUCAUCAUGCAUCAGAAGUUUCCAAAGUAGACAAGCAGCAGUUUAAUACUGAUUUCUACUUAAAGGCAAUGAUUUAUGUCACAAUUCGUGUUUGAGGAAGUUGCAUCACUUUUUUCCAUCUCUUAUCAGAAUCUCUUGCCUGACUGGAACUAUUUGAUGUAGUUACUAGAGAUUAUUGUUAUUCUGGUCACUGGAAGGAGGGUGUCUACAUGAAUCAAAGUCUAAAUUAACAAGUACUCAAGAACAAAUCGUGACUUCCAACUCUCAGUGCAGAUUAGAGAACUUUUUCUAGCAGCUGCAGCAUAAACUUUUUUCGAUAAGAUCACUAUGAAAAGUCUUAUGUGCCAAAAAAAAUAGCUUGAACUGAGUCUCUUUAUUUUAUUUAAUAUCAAUUUAUGCAGAGUAGAAACACUUAAAUCUGCAGCAAAUGAGCUUUUUAAACAGCAUGUUCUAGAUAAGAAUCAUAUUAUGCAUCAUCAUCUUUUUUGUUGCAUUUAAAGUCCCCCGAUAAAAACUACCAGAUAAAUAUCCAAAAUUACACUUUAAGACAAGAAAAGCAAAAAGAUGUUUUUUGAAAUUUAAAAUGUGCUGCUCUACAUCUGAAUUAUCUGAUGCCAGUGUGUCCUUCACACUACGAUGCUGAUUUUUUUUAGCUUUUGAGGGCUACAAAUAUGAAUCUAAAAGUAUCUGCACACUGAUUUAUAAUGGAGACCAGUCUACUACUAAUCGCGUCUACCGUGUCUUUAAGAUGAGAAUGAAAGCUCAUUUAAAAAACUGAAAGUUUGCUGGAUUUUAAUCAUAUAAAAAAAAAUCAAAAACCUUAACUAGUUUCGGCUCCUGUGCUUCUGCUUCUCUCUGAUUUGUCAAAAACUUUUUUUUUCCCCCUUUGGUUUGAAUUGUUGCUCAGAUGAAAAGAUACUGACGUAGAUAAACAAUAUAAACAGCCAUUUUUUUCACAAUUUUCACCUAAAAAAAUUAUAAUGCUAAAAAAACAUUUAAAUUGAUAUGUUUGGUUUUUAUCUCCUGGUUUAAUAAAAAAUAAAGCUGAUAUUAUUUUAAAAACAAAAAAACUUUCAGCCAUCAUUAGCCAUAGAAAUCAGUGUGUUGUGAUUAAAUAAAAAGCAGCUAACAGUGAAAAGUACCUGAAUGGCUCUUUGAAUUGUCCCACGAGGCCUCUCUGCAGUAUUGUCACUAGCCACAGAUGCAGCCAGCCAGCAAGCUAAAAUUAAAGGAGCAUGAACAGAAAUGGCAGGUCAGACAUUUACCCAGUUUCAAGUCAGUCUGACAUAAACUAAAUGUCAUUUCAAACAUCUUUUACUGAAUAAAAACCAAGUGGUUUGCAUUUUUAUUGAAAUGAAAAAAAUGUCAAGAGGCUAUUUAAACGUAAAGAAAAAAAAUGUUCAAUUGUGAUAUUGCUGAUUAUAAAAAGGUCCUUACAGAAUGUUUUCACUGGGUGCUACUACAGGGAUGCUACAAAAGUAAACACUAUUUCUCAUUUUAUUAAAGUUUUUUUUGUAUGAGGAUGCACUUGUAACCUUGAAUAUAAAUUUGUUUAUAUAUUUUGUGGCUCUCGGUUCCCAUCCUCUAAAUGUGCUCUCAGAUUCAGCUGGAGCGGUGGAAGGGAACGAAGGCGCUGUGACAUAAAAGAAGACGGACUCCCAGCACUACCAAGAGGGCCAUACCAAAACGACAAUGUAAUAAUAUUAAACGCCAUUAUGUUUACCUUACUGCUAUUAAUUAACAUUGUGAAUGAUGGUGUAAAUAAAGGAUUCUGUGGAA